GAUUGUACCUGACAACCCCGACACCUCAUCCUCGUCGAUCUUCUCCAAAGUAGCUCUAUAUCACCUUGACUAUGACGACUGAACCAAAGAAGACCUGGCCUAGAGAGGGUUACCGGCCGGAGUGGCUGGCUCUUGAAGAUGCAUCAGGUGGCCGAUAUGUCAUGAGCGGCAACUUCGCCGUUGAUGUCCCGGCAUACGAUGCUGUCUUUGCUGCUAUGUCGAAACAAUGGCCAGCAUUGCCGGAAGAAACGAUUGUGUGGGAUGAAAAGACCAACAGCGAGCAUGGAGGACUAGACGUUCGGAUCUAUAAACCUACUUCAGACAAACCUCUACCGCUUAUGAUUUACUUUCCUGGAGGUGGAUACAUUGCCGGCAAUCUCGAUACCGAAGAUGCCCAUUGCCGGAUCUUUGCUGCCAAAACACCAUGCUUGCUGGUCAGCGUCAAUUAUCCCAAGGUGCCAACAGUCAAAGUGGAUGACAUUAUCAAUUUGGGGACCUUGGCUGUGCCAUGGUGUCGUACCAAAGCCAAAGAACUGGGCGAUGAUCCAUCCAAGACCAUACUCUGUGGCGGUUCAGCUGGAGCGUUCCUCGCCGCACAAGUGGCAUACCGGUUCAUGUCUGAAGGUGACCACACUUCUGUGACAGGCUGCGUCCUCAUGUUUGCGGUAGCACUUCAUUGGGAAUACAACGGCAAGUACAAGGACAAAUACACGGCUUGGGACGAGAAUGGGAACGCCGGGACACCUGUCUUUGGCUUGCAGCUUGCCAAGUUCAUCUGGUCACAUUACGACAUUGACUUUAACAGUCCACGCCACUUUCCACUUCUUGCUGACGACCUGUCAAAGUUCCCGCCGUGUUAUAUUGUUACGGCGGAGAAGGACUGUUUCCGAGAUGAUGGAACUCUUCUGGACUACCGGCUGAGGGAAAGCGGUGUGCACAGUAAAAUGGACUAUUAUGAAGGUCUACCUCACUACUUCCAUGCCUUUCCCACUCUGGCAGCAGCGCAUGAAAUGAUGGCCAAAGCGAUUGAAGGCACCAGAUUUGUCCUGGGGUAGCCCGCCAGAUUGACAUGGGGAUGUUGAGAGCAUUGAGAUUCUGGGGGUCAUGGCCUCGGUCAUGAUGCAAGCUCGCGGUGGGUUUCUUCACCUCGGUUCAGGGUCUAUAUCAACUUGCGCGUUAUGUGGCAGAACGGGAAAGUAGUUGUACCAUAUCCGAACAUACCUAGGGGUCUUCUCGGAGUCGAGACCAGGGUUUCCCCAGGAUAACACAUCACCGCUUGAUACCGUGACUAUACCCUGGGAAGUUUAACAACCUCGUGAAAGCGAUUGACGCUGUACGAAUCCCUCAUCGAAAUCCGGUGGAUGCCGCAGAAUGCUGGAAACUGACCAUGACUGACUCCCCGCUGUCAAGAAUCUGUCAACUCUCUAGCAGA